UUUUUCUCUCUCUCUCUCUCUCUCUCUCUCUCUCUCUCUCUCUCUCUCUCUCUCUCUCUCUCUCUCUCUCUCUCUCUCUCAGUUUCAUCCAAAGGAGCAACAUAUGGCGGUGUUCUGCACGGAGGAGGAGGUGGAUCAGCUAUUCGAGGCCUUAAGAGCAGCAGCCUUUGUCAACUGGGGCCGUAGUCUCAUCAUCCAUGCUGUUCCUCGUUACCUGCUGGAUCUUAUGCAGAAGCUCACGGAGGAAAAGGGCGCCAUCAUAGACGCGAUUCCAUUUGUUGCCUUUACCUACCAACCUCAUCUAGACACACUGCCUAAGAGGGUUGGUCCAGGGUUCCGUGUGUGCCUGCUGGGGAGGGCAGGGGUCCACUAUCUGGUCCAGAGAGCUAAAUAUGGUGGAAUGGCUCACCUGGAAGUGUUCAGCCGCCUGGCACAGCAUGUACCCUUCGUGGGAGUGUACCGGGACUCAGGCGUGACUCAAGACACCACCGUGGACCCGAACAGUCUGCCUGUGGCGGGGGACGAGGAGCUGCCUGUUGCCUGGGUGGCUACCACUUUUGAAGGAGCUGUUGGGAGGCUGAUGACGGACGAGGGCUACAGACGACACGGCCUUGGCAGUCUCAUUACCACUGUAACAGCAAGGCGACAAGCUGCCCUCCUGAAGCUCAUUCCUCAUUCCUUUGUUGAGGCCAGUAACGCUGCUUCUAUCGCAAUGUUUACGGGGCUCCCUGGCUGGAAGUUAACACAUGAUGGUGUAUUCUGGCUGCUUGCUGGUGUCACUUUGCAAACUUACACCCAAAGACAGUAAGCAGCUGGUCCUGAUAUCUGAGACCACCAGCUGGCAAGUGAAUGCAAAAUGUAGUUUUUCAAUGUUGGUCUAUCAAUAAUAAGUUGAUUUUUAUAGAGGAAAACCUUGCAUCGGUCAAGUUGUAGUAUUGAAGUGUAAUUGUUACAUUAAACACCAAUAGAAAAUAAGGUUAAUCUUAGGGAGCACCACUCCAAACCAAUAUUCGUAGUAAUUUAGCACAUGAAAGAAUUAUUAUUAUAAUGCAUUUUCGUAUACGAUUUACCUUGGGGAGGGGCCAGGGGAGCAAGCCUCGUUAAUUAUAAAGUUGGGUGGCUUCGAUUUUCUAAGUCCAUUGUUAUUGUUUCACGAGGGCCUCUAUAAACAGACUGAGCUACAUAGCUGCCUUGCAGUACACCAUACAAACUAGUUCCUAAGUCAGUAAUAUCCAGAACGCGCAUGGAUCAUUACGAUCUCUUUACGAGUUCUACGUUAUUUUCUUCUCUAUAUUAAAGCAAAUAAUGCCGCAAGUAUUUGUAUUUUAUAAUUUUAAAGGAUUUCAUUCAUGAAGUAUUACUACGCGGGGUGUAUCACGCUGCCACGUAGGCAGCUUUUUGAAUCUCGGUCUUCCUCGGGACGCCAUGAUGGACGGUGGGAUCGACACUCAGCUUUUCUUUAGUCUCCUUAAAUUAUCAUUCUACUUCACCUCUCGGUAAGUGUUAACUGACUAUUUAGCCUCUUUAUUGGUAUCACCCAUGAGGCACUUUGCGCCACAUUGCGCCGUCAAAUAACCCAAAACCGAGUCCUUGUGACCCUUCAAUACCACCAUAUUCGAACAGUGACACGGGCGCGUCACAUGGGAUGCCGUUGGUGCCUCGUGGGCGCAUCAAGCUGUGACUGACAAGUUGGGCAGAUAGAGCUACCCUUCUCAGCACAGGGGGGUUCGAGGGGGGUAAAGCCCCCGUUAGAAUGGGGUUCGCCCGCCGUUAGCGGUUAGGUUCUAAAGCUCGGUUGGAGUAGUUUAAAUAUAUUCGACAUGCGAUGUGGGUACGCAACGCGGGACGGAGUGGGGCGGCGGUGGCCACUGGCCAUCUAAUGACACGGCCAACACUCGUCAACAGACCGGAUGCAGCGGCGUCUGCCGCGGCAAAGUUGUUAAAUUAGAUUAAUCGAUUAAAAGACAAUAGGUUUAAGAACUUUCCUCAGUUUCGGGACUUGGGAUUUUCCCCGAUUUUAGGGAGACAAUUGUAACUGAUACAAUAAACUGGAUAAUGAUCAAUAUCGUACGCGUACGACCGUUUACUCUCACAAUUAUGGAUGACGAACAGUGUUAGAUACACAGAAUUAUCAGAAUCGUGCGUUCUUAUUGAAUGAAAUCGCAAUUAGCCUAAUCAGCACCUCUGAAAAAAUAGUAUAAAGGAACAAUACCGGGACUUUCAGAUGAACAGGAGAACUGGCGACGAACCAGGUUCGUCGGCCUUAAGGUUACCAAGAUCCUGGAGUCGUGUAGAACCCCCGGGAUGUCGGCGGUUGUGCUUUGAUUGUUGAAAUGAAGGCUGCUUGGCUGAUGGCGUCCCUCUGGCCGGCGGGACGAGAUGGCGGCGCCCGGAACUCCUUGCCAGACGUAGGACGGCUGCGGUGUUCCUCGUAUUUUGAGUGUUAUGGAGCAGCGUUAGUAGAUUUGGCGGCCUGGGUAUGUAACCACUUGUGUAGGCGCCUGAAGUGGUAAUUGCUUGUAGUCACCGGGAGAUGUUCGAGUUUGCCCUGUUGAUUGUUUGCCGGAAGAGGUUUGGGCGAUGCUCCUGGCAGUGGCAGUGUUGCCGCUGUGGGCUACGGCGUGGCUGCUGUCGUGACCCCCUCUGCUCUGGUGAGGUGCUGCUUGUUACUUCUUCCUUGUAACGUAACGCCUGUCCCCUGUUCGGUGAAUUCUUGUGGCUUGUAGCGCUGUAGAACAGACGAGGUAGCGACGGCUAGGGCACGUUGGGCACCGCUGAUCACCAAUAAUGUAACGGCGGCCGGUCUUGUAUGCGUGCAGCUCAGACAGGGUCUUGGUGGGAACGAACAAGGCGUGAAGGGAAACACCCGCUGCUAUUUUAGGUGAAUGUAUUCUUAAACCUAAGUACAGGGGCGUUGGAGAGAGCCGAGACAGUAAGUCUGUAUGAGUCGGGCUCUCAGGAAGGAGUGACGAUUAGAGACUUGGAAAAUAAUGAAGUUACAACUGGUCACGUAUGUCAAGGUGACCCCUAAGUUGACGAAAUGUUUGUUACACAUACCAAGACGCUCGUCCGAUAAACACUGACAGAUGACAUUCCUACAAACGGUGGCGUGAUCUAUCUGCCGUGGGUUUUUUCCAUUGAUACCUGCAUUUCUAAUUCGUGGUGACAUUUAAUAAUAAUAAUACAUUGAUAUAACUACAACUACUAUAACAAAAGUGCCAAGGGAAAAAGUGCCAAGGGAAAGAGUGUCAAGGAAAAGAGUGCCAAGGGAAAGAGUGCCAAGGGAAAGAGUGCUAAAGGAAUAAGGGAAAAGAGAAAGAAGGCCAAAGGAAAACUCAUACGUAGAGAAUAAAAAUAACGUGUGUUCGUGUUUGUGGAAAACUGUAAUCGAAAUGGUUCGUCAAUUGUGUUGCGCCGUGUAGGUUUGUAGUGUUGUGCUGGAAGCUUCCCCCGGCGUCCAUGGGGCUCUAGAAGGCUCCGGGAAGAGCGAGCAGGGGGGCGGGGAGCAAAGCCUCGUCCGCGCCGUGGCCAGGCGCCAGGCGGGAAGUGUUGCCAACUCGCACAUACUUUUGCUACAUGUUCUUGUAUGAUCUAAAAUAUACUGUAACAUUCUAGACUGUACUGUUCUGGAUAUAUAUAGGAGAAGAGGGCGAGAGGAGCCCAGUCCCAGUCAUAGUAAGCUAGUGGUAAGUGAAGAGUCAGAGUGAAGUGUACUACUAAGGAAGAAUAUUAAACUACAGAAGCUGUGCAAAGUGUUUGCAUAUCUCCCUCCCACGGAGUCUCCUGACGGCGACACGGAACCCAAGUAACACGUCCGGCAUAACAUUGGCGUCAGGAGUGUAGGCAUUUGUUUUUUCGCCAUGGAGACUCGUUCCAAAGCUGCCCAGAGGGACGACGUGUUGACUGAACUCUUGGAAGCUUUGAGACUACAGGGGGAGAAACAAGAAAGAGCACACCAAGAACUCAAAGAACAACAAGAAAGAGCACAGCAACAACAAGAAAGAGCACAGCAACAACAAGAAAGAACACUCCAAGAACUCAAAGAACAACAAGAAAGAGCACAGCAACAACAAGAAGGAACACUCCAAGAACUCAAAGAACAACAAGAAAGAGCACAGCAACAACAAGAAGGAACACUCCAAGAACUCAAAGAACAACAAGAAAGAGCACAGCAACAACAAGAAGGAACACUCCAAGAACUCAAAGAACAGCUAAAAGAUCGCUUCACGGGAUUACAGCAACAGCUACAAGCAGUACAAGAUGGAAGUGAGUCAGUACGAAGAGAAAUGACUGAUGUGACCACGAAGUUAGGACAACGCCUGAUAGAAGUGGAGAAAGAACACACAAAUCUUCAACAAGAGAUGGAGGUGGUACGGGAGACGACACAAAGAAAUAUUAGAAAUGCAGGGAAAGGUGAACCGUACUGAACAGGCAGUUUGUGACGUAAGUGACAGAGUGAAGGCCCUUGAAGACUGCUUAGCUGGAAACGGACAGCCAGUGCCUGCAGGGGCUAGUUG